UAUUUAUUUGUUUUCUUGCUUUGUUGAGCCAACUGGUGUCAGUUUCUGAACUACCGAAACAGAAAGCGACCACUGCUGAAGCUUACGAGACAACAACGGUCGGCGAGGCGCGUUCAUUAUUUUUCUGAUAGCCGAUACGUCCCGCAUCCGCUGCCCCAAGCCCCAAGCUACAUUAAACCCCAUCCACCGCCUCUCUUCUCUCCCUCGUGCCCCCCGCUGGCCGAUGCCUCGAGAAGAGACCCCGCGGGCGGAGGAGGAGGAGGAGGAGGAGGAAAUAUGAACGACCUCUCCGCCACCGCCGCCGGCCGCCGGUGCCAGCUCCCGGUCCCCUCCACUGUCCCCUGCGUCAUCGUCCCUCUUCUCCUCGCCGCCCUCGCUGUCUCCCUCCUCAUCCUCGUCGUCGUCCACAACGCCCUCCUCCUCGCCACCGUCCUCCUCUUCUCCGCCCUCAUCGCCUCCUUCUUCCUAUGGAAUGCGGCCAGCUUCCGGAAUGACCGCGCCGUUCUUGUCUUCCUCGACCGCCUCCCGACCUCCGACCUCGUCACCGCCAGGGACGGCCAGCUCGUCAAGAUCACCGGGUUUGCUUCGUGUGAGGAUCUUUCUCUUGAAUCUUCAUAUGAGAAGGUUGGAAGAUGUGUGUAUACAUCAACAGUUCUGUAUGAAUAUAGCGGAUUUGGAUCAAAGCCAGCAAAUGCCAAUGGUAGAUACUUCCAAUGGAAUUUAAUAUAUGUGGAGAGGUUUGCUGCAGACUUCUACAUAACAGAUAUAAAGUCUGGUGCCAGAGCUUUGGUGAAGGCUGGUUACACCUCGAAAGUGUUCCCCCUGAUUGAUGAAAACAUACUUGUUAACACGACUAGUAAAACCAGAGAACUGUCUUCUACCUUGAAGAACUGGCUAGAAAGAAGAUACCUUUCUGCUGAAGCUCGUUUGUUACGUCUCAAGGAAGGGUACAUCAAGGAGGGAAGCUCUUUGACUGUGAUGGGAAUGUUGAGCAGAAAGAAUGGUGCCCUCAUGAUAGUUCCACCACCCGAGCCUUUCUCUACAGGUUGCCUACUGCAAAAAUUUCUUCUUCCUGCUGAUAUUGAUGGCGUAGUUUUGAAAUUCUCUGGCAAGAAUAGUUCCAUGACUAACCUAAGUCUUUCAUGAGACACACCGAAUAUCUGGUGAUACGUUGGUUUUAUGGCAUCACUUACAGUUUGAGUAGCUUUGGUUCCAAAUACUUCAUGUUAUAUAUUCCUGAUUGCAGAUUUUAUUUGGUGAAAAUGAGCCAUCUGGUUUUUCUACAAAUUUCCUUUUGAACUUAUCCUCAAAUUCCUAUCCAAGAGUAUCAACGGUGGACCACAUUAAUUGCUUUUAAUGCUGGAUCAUUACAGCUUAUAAGCAUAAAAGUAACUUUUCAGGUGAAUGUUUUACUUGAUCCUAUUACAUUCUGUACAACUUUUGACUGGACUUCCCAUGGUCAUGCUUUACAUUCAACGGAACGGUUAUUUAUGGACUUCCCAUAGUCAUGCUUUACAUUCAACGGAACGGUUAUUUAUCAGCAUGAUUUGCAUCCAUAACUAAAGUUUUUAGCUGUAUGUGACAUUGAGAAUAUAUACUAAAACAGUACAUUAAGUUGAAUUAAGAUUCUUGACACAUCUUUGCAAUUGUUUUUCAUGGACACAAUUUGAAGCCAUGUAUCAGGUAAAUAACUACAAUUUAUACAGCCAGUUUGGCAUCAUGUGUCAUUAAUGCCAUUUCUUAGAGCAAAUGAUGGUAAAUGUAAAGCAAGAGAGCAUGCACAACUAUUUUUUGGCAAACUUGGAGUUUAUUCAUGACCUGAGUACUGGGAGAAUAUUUUUUUGGGUAGUUGUGAAGGCCAGCCAAUUUGGCCGGGUGCAGAAACAAAUUUGAAGACAUAGAAGUGAUGUCAUGUAAUGUAGAGAGUUUGAGUGGUGGUAAAACUUAACUGGGAUAAAGUAUUGCCUUUAUCACUUUUUUCUCAUUGUAAAAUGCAAUUACUGCUGAUGUACGUAGUGUGGACUAUUAUUUUA